AUAAUCAUCGCGGUGGGGACGCACCAGUAUAUAAAGGCCGAUCACUGGAUAAAUCUGCAGCACAAGGGAUUGCAUCGUUAAAGGACCAUUCUAAGGAUCCGUCUCAAUUGUCAAACAUUUGACCACAUCUUACAUCAUGAAAAUUACGAUUUUAACGUUCGCCACGCUACUGGCUAUUUCCUUGGCUGCACCUCAGGGCAAUCCCAACGAUAUCACCAUUACAAAGCAAGAAGAGCAGAAUAAUAUUGGCAUCAGCGGAUAUCAUUUCAGCUACGAGCAGAGUGAUGGUCAGCAAAGAGAAGAAACGGCUGAAUUGAAGAAUGAGGGAACCGAAAAUGAAAGCAUCGUUGUAACGGGCAGUUUCAGUUUCGUAGGUCCCGAUGGCAAGACUUAUCGGGUAACUUACACUGCGGAUGAAAACGGUUUCCAACCUGUUGCUGAACAUAUCCAAGGUGGAAAGAUUUGAAUACAGAACUAAUAACAUAUAGCUUUCUGUAGCGGAUGCGCACUGGUGCAUGCGCACCCUCUUAAAUGAAAGUGCGCAUGCGCGAGCUCUAUGCAUCCUUAUAUCAACUCGUCGGUUAUCUCUGCGAGUAAUGUAUGUACUCCUUUUGCAGUCAUCACACGCUCCAACCUUCUUUGUGGAUUUUAACUUUACGACAAAAGGAAGUUACAAUCCUUCAAACUCCAUGGAUUACCCUAAAUAUCUCUUGUAAUAUCCUAACUUUUAUUCCUCAUCCUUUUCAUUCAACCUUUCCUUUUCCUUAGUUUCCUUUUUCUGUACUGCUUUUAUCGAGACAGAAGGUCGCCUGACUUCAAUUUCCACCAUCUUGCUUGCUCUGUACAGAUUUUGUCAGUCUUUUAUGAUCAACUAUUUCCUUGUCAAGUAGAAUCUUAGUUAAUACAGUUAAAAAAAUGUACGCGUGCAUAUUUGAUCGAGGCCAAAUACCAUAAAUAGCCUAUGGCCUAUGUACUCAAACUUAAAAUAUAGAGGAAAUUAUGAAGAUGUAAUAUUUACAAGCCACAUUAGUUCUGCCUCUUAUGAUUUUUGCUAAUUAUAAUUUUAUAUCUCUAUGAAAACACCGGUAGCGUUAUUGGGGCGCCGCUGGAUCUAUAUUUAUGAACGAUGGUAUAUAUUAUGUAUUAAAUAUAUGGUGCGAAUAAACAUGUAUACACUGAA